AUGGCGAAGCGCUGGCAUCCGGACAAGAAUCCGAAUUGCAGCUCCUGCCAGGAGACAUUCUCAAGGAUAGCUGUGGCCUACGAGACGCUGUCCGACGAGUCAAAGCGCGCUGCUUAUGACGAAGCCGGCGGUGCAGCGAGCUCCGAGUUGACGUCCCCCAAGAGCGUGCCCUUGAACAGAGGCAACUUCGACGAGCUGGUGACGUUCUCCAAUGACGUUUGGAUCGUGCAGGUUUUCCGACCAGAUAAUCCCCACUGCGCGAGCUUUCACCCUUUCUGGGAGAAUCAGAUCCAGAAGUACCAGCACUUGGUCCGUUUCGGGCGCAUCGACGUGACCGACGACCAGGCCAAGUGGCUUCCUUUGAAGGUACGUGUGCUUCCGACUGUCCUGAAGUUUGGCAGGCAUUUGGGAGCCGUGGAGAUUUUCCCUGUAACGCAGAUGCAUGAAACUCCACAGGCGCUCACGAAGUUCGUGCUCACCUCCUUCCCGAACAUCGGGUUGCCGCUCAGCUCGGACCGGAAUGCGCUGACAUCAUGGUUGGGCAGAUCAACUCGGCGACACAAGGUGCUCUUUGCUAUCCCGGGCAAGAGUGAGGAGGAGCGGUACAAGUCCCACCUGGUCCCGCGCAAGCUCGCGGCCCAAUGGUCCGAGGUCUUCGAGGUCCGGUCAGCUGAGACCGAGCUUUUGCACGCUUUGCCGGCCGCCCAAAGAAAAGGCGAGAGAUGCGCUGUGCCCAAGUUGGGCCUGAAGUCACCUGGACUUGGACCUGCAGGUGAAGGCAGCUUUGCCGAAGGAGGCGCCGCUGCUCUGCUCUUCCCGGCACUUGGGGGCGGCACCGAGCCAAAGGCGGCCGCGGCCUUUGCCUGGCCGACAGGAGAGGAGGAGAUGGUCUUGGAGCUGAUGCGCUUCACGGAGAUGGUCGGAGUCUCCCUCAGCGUGCAGAGUGCAGAGUUGCUUUGCCGCUCAUUGGCGAUGCAGAGGGUUCCCUGCUUAGAAGCGAUGAUAGUUAAGACCCAGCUUGUGACCUUUGUGCUCGUCGUGUCAGACCAUGUCUACUGCCUGGUGCUUUUGGAUUCCCCGACCGCCGCCUUGGCGCGAGCGGCCAGCGGCUCAGCCCGCGACCUGCAAGAGUCCCGGGCCACGUACCAGGGAGAGGUGGCACAGAUUCGAGAAAGCGGCGGGGAGGUCGCCGAGGAUGAGGACAAUUUCGUGAUUCCAAUCCUCCGGCUGCUGCGGCACUCCUCGGGCCUGGAGCCCUCCGUGGCCUCCUGCUUCGCUCCGAAGUUUCCGCAGGUGGAGAGAGCCCUCGCUGGUUCCUCGGCCUUCCUCAUGGACUUAGACACCCAUCGCCUGGCACCACUCCGGCUCAGCCUCUCCUCCUUCAAGGGCCUCUACCCCCAGAUCGCCUACGAGGACAGCCUGAACUGGGUGGAAGCUUUGGAGAUCCGCUCCUUGCCAGACUGCAGCGAGGGCGUGCGGCAGCGCUUCGUCAGGCAGCUGUCGCAGUCCUCCUUCACGGAGCUGCUCUGGCAGCUGAUGUUCUCACUCUUCCUGCUGGAAGUGAUCGCGAAAGCCCUGGCAAGCGGGUCAGUCUUGUGGUGGCUAGGCGGGACCAUCAGCCUGAACAAGAAGACACCACAGACGCAACAAUCAGCAAGUCUGGCAAUCAUAUGCAACCACGACGUCUUUCAUCAAUUGCCAGCAGAUGGCUCUGGUGCUUUCUCGUGUUCGCCAGGUGCAUCUGGCAUGGUCGUUGCCACGCUGUCCAGGCACAGCGCGUGGGAGUCUGGAAGGUUGUGCUAG